AGGUGAGAUUCAGGGACUCGCUUCAUCAGUAAUAACCAACAUGAAACUCAGGCCUACCGAUAGAAGCCUAAUUGGUCAGAAAGUAGACUUUAGAGUUAGCAAAGAUCAAUUUGAAAUGUUGAUUGGGUUAAGAUCCGGUGGCCUUCCCGCAUCACCGAAAAGCAAAAAAUGGAUGGAUAAGGUGGAUCUAUCAGUCGCGUUACGGGACGUAUUGAUAAACGAAGGAAUAGAAAAUAAUGGCGUAAAACCAGAAAAAUUCCGCAAGCUUUUUACUCUAGGGGUGCACACAUUCA